AUGUCAAUUCAAAAAGAAGACGUUUACGAAACGGAAGAUUUUCCCGAAGAUGAUGAAAAUUUGAGGAAAGAUGAGUUGCAAGAAUCUAAAGAUGUUGAACGUAUUCAUCUCGAUGUAGAUUCAGCUUUAAAACGUUUUAAAGGUCGAAUAUUAAGUGCCGAUAAAGUUGAUUUCUCUGAUUCUAUUAAACGAAAACGCUAUCCGGGUUAUGGCUGUGGAGCAUAUGUGUUUGAAGUACUUGGAUCUGAGAGUGAAGAGGUUGAAACCAACGAACAAAAAUUUGAGCGCAUCAGAUGUGAGCUAAGUGAACUCUACGAUUCUUUACAAAAUCAGGAGAACGAGGAUGAAAAAGUUGUAUCUUCAGUAAAUAGUGAAGAAGUUAUGGCUAUGUUGGAAACAUUGAAAGCCAUCCAGAUCAAAAAGCCUAUUACUGAUAAAAGCAUCGAAGAAACCAAAACUUCAUUAGCAAAUAUUAUACAUGGGUCAAAUUUGGAUGCUGAAUAUGCAUUUAUGGAUGCUCGUUUGAAAAGGAUCGAGGAUUUCAUUGGUGCAUCGGGUGUAACUGAUGAGAUGUCGAAGAAUAUCAAUCGUAUGCCAAUUUACGAAAUAGUUGACGAUCUUCAUAUGCGAAUUCAAUUGCUCAAUCCUACACAUGUUGACGCCCUUUAUUCGCGGAUCAAUCAAGUAUUGAUUAAAUUGCAAAAGGUCGAAGAAAAAAAACAAGAAAGAGGUGAUACAGAAUUUGAAGAAAAAGUUGAUAAAUUGUACGAAAUGAUGAUGAAGUGGGACACUGUAUGUGUCACUCUUCCAUCUGCUGUUCGAAGAAUGAAUAAUUUGCAGAAAUUGCAUGAGCAAGCUCAACAGUUUAAUGCAAAGCUAUCGCAGCUAGUUGGAACUCGCGUUCACUUAGCUAAGAUAAUAGAAGGAGAACAAAUGGCAAUGUUCGAUUUUCGGCAUCAAACAUAUGAUGCAUUAAAGAAAUUGGGUAAUGACAUUGAAAAGCUCGAAGAGCGGCUUCAGGCUAUUUCGAAAUAA